CUCUAGAGAAAAUCAAUGCAGAAAAGGGACUUGGAUUUGAUGAUUUUGAUUUGGAUUACUACACUAAUUUAUUCAAAGUAAGUGCAUCUUUCUUGUGCAUUAUUUCGCACGCUCUUUCGUUUUCACGAAGGUCGAACAAAUAUCUGAUAUAUCUGUCUACAUCAUCCUUUAAAUACCACCCAGGAAAAACUUGGACGAGAUCCUACGGAUGUAGAGUGCUUCGACAUGGGUCAGUCUAAUUCAGAACACUCCAGGCACUGGUUUUUCGGGGGAAAGAUGGUAAUCGAUGGGGAAGAAAAAGAGGAUACUCUCUUCAAAAUGGUCAAGGCAACCCUUCCAAAAGAUGUUCCAAACAACUCAAUCAUUGCCUUUCAUGACAACUCCUCAUCUAUUGAGGGUUACGAGUGCGAUAAUCUACGCCCCUCUUCUACGACCCAGGCGGGGUCAGUGAAAGUUGGCAAGCAAACGUUACAUCCUAUUUUGACAGCCGAAACUCACAACUUUCCUUCGGGAGUUGCUCCCUUUGCUGGUGCAGAAACUGGUACCGGUGGUCGAUUGCGUGAUGUCAUGGCUACUGGACGAGGUGCCUACCCUGUAGCGGGAAUUUCGUCCUAUUGUGUUGGAAAUUUACAAAUUCCUGGGUAUGAAUUGCCCUGGGAAGACAAGUCCUUCGUCUACCCCAGCAAUCUUGCUGCUCCUUUGGACAUUGAAAUCAAGGCAAGUGACGGUGCAUCCGAUUAUGGUAACAAAUAUGGUGAACCUGUAAUCCACGGUUUCACAAGAUCCUUCGGGCAAAGGUUGCCUAAUGGUGAGCGUUUCGAGUGGGUCAAGCCAAUCAUGUUCUCUGCCGGAAUCGGACAAAUGGAUGGACGAUUUUCCGAAAAGGGCGAACCGGAGAAAGGAAUGCUUGUCGUGAAGAUCGGUGGACCGUGCUACCGAAUCGGAAUUGGAGGUGGAGCUGCCUCUUCUCGAGUUCAAAGCUCCGAAAAUGCUGAUUUGGAUUUCGACGCUGUCCAAAGAGGAGACGCAGAGAUGGAAAACCGCAUGAACCGUCUGAUGCGUGCGUGCUGUGAUCUUGGUGAUGAUAACCCUAUCGUUUCUGUCCACGAUCAAGGGGCAGGAGGAAACGGAAACAUUUUGAAGGAACUUGUGGAACCUAUCGGAGCAUCGUAUGACAUCCGUAACGUCAACAUCGGAGACGACACUCUUUCUGUACUUGAGAUCUGGGGUGCCGAAUACCAAGAAAACAACGGGCUUCUUCUUCGUCCAGAAAGCAGGGAGCUUUUUGAAAAGAUGGCAGAACGUGAAAACUGCCCAAUUGCUAUCAUGGGUGAGGUAACUGGUGACGGAAAAGUCGUUGUUCACGAUUCUAUGGAUGGAUCUACUCCUGUGGAUUUGCCACUUGAACUUGUUCUUGGAAAAAUGCCUCAAAAGACAUUUGUCGACAAUCGUGUCAAGAUGGAUCUUGAGCCCCUAAAACUUCCCGAGGACACAACUGUUAUGAGUGCACUAGACCGCGUCCUUCGUUUGUUGUCGGUUGGGUCUAAGCGCUUCCUUGUUCACAAGGUUGACAGGUCGGUCACGGGCCUGUGUGCCCAGCAGCAAUGCGUUGGACCUCUCCAACUACCACUCGCUAAUGUUGGCGUGACUGCCCACACGCAUUUCGGAAUAACUGGAACAGCAACAGCGUGUGGAGAACAGCCUAUCAAGGGUCUCAUCGACUCAGCUGCCAUGGCACGAAUGACUGUUGCCGAGGCAAUGACCAACAUCGUAUGGGCUAAGAUGUCGAAGAUUGAAGAUAUCAAAGCAAGUGGUAACUGGAUGUAUGCCGCAAAACUACCCGGUGAAGGAGCCAAGAUGUGGGAUGCUUGUGUGGCCUUGCGCGACUGCGUCCUAGAACUCGGUAUCGGAAUUGAUGGAGGUAAAGACUCUUUGUCGAUGGCAGCAAGUUGCGGAGACGAAGUCACCAAGGCACCUGGUGAAUUGACAAUGACAUGCUACGUGACCUGCCCCGAUGUUACGAAAACUGUCACACCUGACUUGAAAUGCCCUGCUAGCGGCUCCAAACUCCUCUUCAUUGAUCUAGGAGGAGGAAAGAAGAGACUCGGAGGAAGUGCUCUUGCCACUGUCUACUCGCAGCUUGGAAACGAAAGUGCUGACUUGGAAGACUUUGCCACUUUGAAGAAGGCAAUGGAGGUCACCCAAGAUCUUAUCGACAAGCGAAGUAUUCUCGCUGGUCACGAUCGAUCCGACGGUGGUUUGGUUACAACGUUGCUCGAAAUGGCCUUCGCCGGAAAUUGUUCCAUUGAUGUCACUAUUCCUUCAUCGACCGGAACAGAGAUCGAUACACUUUUCAACGAGGAAGCUGGAUUGGUCAUUGAAGUUGCCGCGUCGGAUGUCGAGUCCAUUAUGAAAGCAUACAGCGAUGCGUCUGUUCCUGUUGAAGAAAUCGGAACUGUCGCUGCCGGUGACUCUAUCAAGAUUGCUGUUGGAUCAUCUGCACCUUGCAUCGAAAGCAAGAUGACUGUCUUGCGUGAUGUUUGGGAGGCAACAAGUUUCAAACUUGAACAUCGACAGAGAAAUCCUAAAUGUGUGGUUCAAGAGGAAGAAGGUCUGAAGUCGCGUCAGGCCCCUCAAUGGAAGCUUACGUAUGAACCAAAGCCUACCGAUGACAGCAUCAUGAAAUCGGAAACAAAGCACAAGGUCGCAAUUCUUCGGCAAGAGGGUAGCAACGGAGAUCGUGAGAUGAUUUCGGCCUUUUUGAGUGCUGGAUUCGACGCAUGGGAUGUCCAUGUGAAAGACUUGCUUGAUGGCACUGUUAGUCUUGAACAGUUCCGUGGUAUCGUAUUUGUCGGUGGUUUCUCAUUCGCCGAUGUCCUUGAUAGUGGAAAAGGCUGGGCCGGAGUCAUCAAGUUCAACGAAAGCGUGUACAAGCAAUUCCAAGACUUCCGCAACAGACCAGAUACUUUCAGUCUCGGAGUCUGCAACGGAUGUCAGCUCAUGGCUCUUCUUGGAUGGAUCCCAGAACAAAAGGGAUUGCCAGAGGAACGACAACCUCGUCUUCUGCACAAUGAGAGUGGGAAAUUUGAGAGCCGUUUUAGCAGUGUUGCUAUCGGCAAGAGUUCAGCGAUUAUGUUCAAGGGCAUGGAAGGAUCGUCUCUUGGUGUUUGGGUCGCGCAUGGAGAGGGCAGAUUCUUCUUCCCCGAUGAAUCUGUUCAUGAUGCUGUCAAGAAGAACAACCAGAUUCCUCUUCGUUACGUGAAUGACACAAAUGAACCCACAGAAGAAUACCCAUUCAAUCCCAACGGAAGUCCCGGUGGUAUGGCCGCCCUGUGUUCUGAGGAUGGUCGCCACCUUGCAAUGAUGCCCCAUCCUGAGCGUGUGUUUACUACCUGGCAAUGGCCAUGGACUCCUUCGGACUGGAAGGACUUGAAGGCCGGUCCCUGGCUUCAAAUGUUCCAAAACGCAAGAGAAUUCUGCGACAAUAACUAACAUCGUAGAAAUAAUAAAGCUGACUUUUUACU